UGCGACAACGCUUCCUUGAGCCCUUCGACUCGUGUGCGCCAUGAGCAAGCUCGACAUUGAGGCUCAGCGCGCCGAUCCGAUGGCCAAGUGGACAAUGUUGACAUUCUCCGCCUGGAUCAUCCCUGUAACCCUUCUUGUCAGCCUCUUGUCGGUGGCGAUCGCUGACUCAGUCCGCAGCAGCUCCGGCCCACUCGAGGUCAAGGUCGUCCACGUCGAGAACCUGACGGCGGCCACGCUUUCCGAGGGUGCUGUGCAGCCUCCCGCGGACCCUCCUCAGCCGCCACCUCCGCCGGGCGUGCCGCCUCGCGCAUUCGACCCGCUCGCCGCCUUCCACCACCUGGAGCUUCUCAACGACAACGCCACCGAGGGCUUCUUCCGCGUGCUGUGGGAGGAGGGCGAUAAGCGGGGCCGGCCAGCCAAGGUGUGGUUCGAGGUGGACGAGGAGGACAUCGGCGUGGAGUUCGUCGUCUCCGCGAUGGUCGCAAAGGGCGACGGCACAACCAGCCUGCUCCACAUGCCGCUCACCUCGGGGUCGCGCACCGUGUUCAAGUUUGAGCCGUCGCCGCACGUGCAGGGCGCAAUCGACCUAAUCGCGCCGCAGUACGAGCUCCGGCUGCCUCCGAAUGGGACGAUCUCCGAGGAAACCCUCGCCAAGGGAGCCUGGCCCGGCUUCGUCAAGACUUUUGCGGGCACCAAGGUGCUCCGCUGGGAGACUCGCCUCAACGCGUCGGCGUCAGAGGCGGACCGCGUCGAGGCGCUCGAGAAGGGCACCUGCGACGUGCCGCUCUGGCGCAACGCCUCCGACCCCGUCGUGACGCCCAAGCCUGGAUGCGAGCCGUACUCCAUCAACGGCACCUCGUGGCUGGUGGACGUGUCCUCGUGGCUCGCGUCGGGCGUCGUGCUGUCGAGCCCGCUCACGGGGGCGAGGCUCGUCGGCGCCGAGGCCUUCCCGACCUCGGCGCGUGUGUCUGUGCAGACGCCCUCCCUCGAGGUGCGCGUCUCCUUUGCUCGGCUGCCGCCGCUCGACGGCGGGUUCGUGCCGCGCGCCGCCGACGACCGCAUCGGGUACUGGGACCUCCGCUACACGGAGGUGGGCACCGAGUCGGGCCCGCUCACCGACCAGACGACCAACCGCAGGGUGGACCUGAUCCACCGCUGGAGACUCGAGCCCGCCGACAAGGAGCUGGCCGCGAAGGAGCGUGCGGCGGGCAACCUCAUCGCGCCGGCGAAGCCAAUUACGUACCACAUCGACCCCUCGGUCCCGGAGCGGUGGCGGAAGGCGAUGAAGCUCGGCGUGGAGCUGUGGCAGCCCGCGUUUGAGCGGGCGGGGUGGAAGGACGCCAUCAUUGCGGUCGCGCCCGGCGACGAGGGCUUCCCCGAGGACUACUCCGCCGCCGACUCGCGCUACGCCUCCAUAUCGUGGGCCGUCUCCACCGACCGCGUCUAUGCCGUCGGGCCGCACUCGUACGACCCGCGCACGGGGGAGAUCCUGGACGCGGACAUCAUGUUUGCGCACUCGUGGGUCGACGCGUGGAUCCGCGGGUUUGAGAACGAGAAGGGGAGCGCGAUGGCGCGAGCGGGGGCUGAGGGCCACGACGGGAGGGACGGGCGGCGGCAACUCGACAGCAGCGGCAGCGCGCGACUCGCGCGCCGGCUGUCUGCCGCCCAGCGGUCGGUCGAGACGGCUCUUGGCGAGUCGGCGCCGCGCGCUCACCGACAGCACGAUCACAGCCACGGAGAGCACGAGCACAGCCACGGCGAAGAGCACGACGACCACCAUGACCACCACGACCACCACGACCACGCCGCGCACCCAGGCCCGUGCGGCAUCUCCGGGGCCGCCGCGGCGCGCGAAGUCGCCGCGACGCUCCGCGCGAAGCUCCAGCUGGACGGCGUCAUCGCGCCGGGCGACCCGGUGCCGGAGGAGUACGUGGAGGCGGCCUUGGUCGACGUGACGAUGCACGAGGUCGGCCACACGCUCGGCAUGCGCCACAACUUCAAGGCGUCCACCGCCUACUCGUACGCGCAGCUGCUCGACGCCAACUUCACAAAGACGAACGGCUUCGCGUCGUCGGUGAUGGACUACAUCGGCGCCUUCCUGCCGUCGAACCGCUCCCUCCCCGUGGUCGGCUCGCUCGGGGCAGAGGACGGCUACAACCCUUUCAUGGGGGUGGUCGGCGCCUACGACAAGCACGUCAUCGACUACGGCUACCGCCCUCUCGCAGACGAGCAGGCGGGGCGGCAGCACGCCGAGCUCGCCGCUCUCGCCGCCGAGGGCGCAGCGAACCGGGAGCUCGCAUUCUCGACGGACGAGGACGGCCCGCGCACCGACGGCUCGGACCCGACGGCUUCGCUCUACGACAUGUCGUCCGACCCGCUGGGCUUCUACAUCGACCAGAUCGCGCUCGCACAGCGCCUCCUCGAAGACGCCUCCAACCGGACCGUCGCCAUCGGAGAGCCGUGGACCAAGCUGCUGCCGGCGGUGGAGCGGUACAUGGGCGCGGCGCUCAAGGCGGGUACCUACGGCGCGAAGAACAUCGGUGGCUUCAUCUUCUCAAAGGCGCACAGGGGCGACCCCGGAGCUCCAGACCCGAUGGUGCCCACGCCCGCGGCGGACCAGUGGCGGGCGCUGCGGCUCAUCCUGCAGAUCAUCUCGGACGACUUUUGGCUCCCCGCCACGGACGCGCUCCGCUGGGCCCGCUCGCUUCCCCGGCGCGCUGGCUGGUGCGAGGGCCUGGACGUGUACUGCUACGGCCUCGAGCCGGCCGAGCUCCUCGAGCGCGUGUUUCGCACACGCGUGAACCUCCUGCACACGCUGGUGCAGCCGCACCGCCUGGCGGGCCUGCAGCAAGCGGAGUGGGAGGGCUUGGAGGCGGCGAACUCAUCUUCGACUCGCUCGGUCGACGAAGAGCUGUCGUCUCGAUCGGCGGAGGAGGACUGGGCGGUGGCGUGGGUGACGCCUCCUGCGGAGCUGGCGCUCGACUCCUUCGCCACGAAGACGCCAUCCGUCGCAGGCCUUCUCCGGACCGUCAACAGCGUCGUCUCGCCACUUCCAACCGCCGCCGGCCUAUCGGCGACCGCGGCGAAGGCGCGCUUCGCGCUGCAGCGUGUGUGGGUCUCACUCCUCACAGACAUGUCUGCCGGCACGGAGGAGGCGGCCGCGGUGGCGACCUCUCUUUUGCUCAAGCUCAAGGAGGAGGUCGCAAGUGCUGUUGACACCAACACCGAGCCCGACGAGGAUGCGCGCGACGCGCUACGCGCGCUGGCGCGCAUGCUGGACCUCUGGGAGCGAGGCCUGCCCGUGCCCGCAUAGACCAGAACUCGCAUAUCUUCCGCAUGGACUAAUGGCCAGCGAAUAUAGUCUCCACGCGUCUGCCCCGGUGCGGUCGCGCCUGUCGCCAACCAACGAUGCUUUUAUUUCGGGUUGCGCGAGAGCGAUCAGGUGCUUCGUCUUCCCGGUGCAUGCGGGCCCGGGAGAAGAGACCUACGAGCCGUGUGCGGUGUGGCUCCCCUCGCGCGGGGUUGCGGUGUGUGUGCCACUCUGUGUGCGAGUGCUGUGUGUGUGCGCGCCCGGGCCGCGCCCCGCGUCGGUGUAUGUGUUUUGCUGCAGCGACGAGGAUUCCGAAGUUAUCUUUUUUCAAUUUGUAUUUUUUGGUGUACAAUGUACUCUCUCUUGAUACCUACCGCUUACUAAACCUUCACUCCCAUAAAGCCGUACGGCACGCGGCGGAGACACCAACGCACCACGCAAGCAACCGCAGCCCCGGCCUCAGUACAAGUUCCCAAGCCCAGCCUUGAGCCACUCCAUGGUCGGCGGCCCCAUCGUCCCUCGGAGGUCUUCCGCCGGCGCGCUGUGGCGGCGGGGGUCCUCGCCGUCCGCGGUCGUCGGCUGCCCUCGCGCGGUGAGCGCGCCGCCGGCGGUUGUGUGCGCGCCGUCGGAGCACUGGGCGAUGACUGUCGCCGUCACCUCUGCCAGAGGCCCGCCGCCCGCCCCGGCCGGCGGCCCGAGCUCGGGCUCCGGAUUUGCUUUCGCCGCGCGGCUGCGCGGCGUGACGAGCGACGCGACGGUGCGCGGCGAGACGAGGUGCCACCGGCUCACCGGCGGCGGCUUGACGGGCUGCUUCUGCUCGUGCGCCUCCUGGUGCAGCAGCUCCAUCCGGGCGGCGAGCAGCUCUGCCGCCUCGUUAAAGAGGCCCUGCGCCUCGAGCGCGUCCACGCGAACCAUCACCUCUGACGAGCGCAUGUGCGUCACCGCGGGCGGCUGCUGCUGUUGCUGCAGCUCGUGGUGCGGGCUCGACGAGUCGGGCAGGCGCAGCCACGUGGCGAGCGCUCUGUCGAGCGCGCCGAGGGGCGACUUUGGGACGAUGGCGGGCACGUGGCUGGCGGCCAGCUUGUGCUUUGGCGGCGUGGCCGACUUGCGCACCUCGGCGC